GGUCACGGAGCGGGUUUGCCAACCCGGAAGAAGACGGUUUGUAUUGCGCAUGCGCAGGUCUCUUGUUUGCACAGAGAGCGACGUUCGGUGUUUGCUUGUGUUUACUGGCGUGAAACCAGUUUGAGUCAUGGCCUAUCAGCUCUACAGGAACACCACUUUGGGAAACAGUCUUCAGGAGAGUCUGGACGAGCUCAUUCAGACCCAGCAGAUCACACCUCAGCUGGCUCUUCAGGUCCUCCUUCAGUUUGAUAAAGCCAUCAACACGGCGCUCGCCAACCGGGUCCGCAACAGAGUCAACUUCAAG